AUGACCAGUGCUCCAUGCGCACACAAAUUCACCAUUUCGUACCGAUUCCCAUUGUCGUCUGGGAGUCCGUCCCCUCCUCCCAUCCUACCAUCGUCGCCCGAUCUGGCGCAUCGAAACGAACCCGGGCCCUCCAACCCCUAUCUUGCCCUCCCGCCGCCUGAAGACAAGAUCCCCGACCUCGACGAACUCCCCUCCGAACAACCACCUUCACCCCCACCUACCACACCUGCUUGUACCAUGUCAGGACAUCACCGCAUCACCCUCGCCGCCAACCCCCCCUACUUUGAUGGGGACAAGUCCAGAUAUAUGGGCUUUGUGGACUCGUGCACCACCUACAUCGGUGCCUAUUGGUCGGAAUUCUCGCAGGACAAGACAAAAAUCCUCUUCAUCCUCUCGUACCUCCGCAACGAGGCUGGCAUGAGCUGCGCCACCUCGAGAUGGGCAAUGAACUGGAAACAGCGCAACUUCGAAAGCCUUAAUGGAAUAAAGGCUGGGGUCACCUCGGCGACCUUCUUAGAGGAGCUUCAGAGGGCCAGCAGCCUGGGCACAUUGCGCGGAACUGCCCAGAACCGAGGAAGAAGCGCACAUUCUUCAAUCGAGCCAUGA